AUGUCAAACCUAAGGGAAAUGUUCAUGCAAAUGCUUUAUACACAAAACAUGCUCAUCGAAGCUUUGGCCAAAAAGAUGGAUCAAUCUUCAUCGCUUCAAUCGAUAAAUGCAGGUCUAACCAGUGAAAACCUCGCCAAUGUGAUUACAGAAUUCACAUAUGACGCCGAUGCAGAAUUGACGUUCGAAUCUUGGGAUAUAUUCACCGUGGAUUGUGCUCUGUGGGAAGACACUGACAAAUGCCUCCAAGUCAGGAAGACACAGUCAGAAGAUUCUGUCACAUAUGCAGGGAGAAUCAACCUGGAGGCUGAGCGGUUCAAACUAAAGGACCUCUCAAUGGGCCAGUUCAAAUGUUUGCCAUUCGUCAGCGGAUUACAGUCAGCCACGGAUACAGAACUGCGCAAUCGUAUACUGUCGCAGAUUGAAAAUUCCGCGGACCUCACUCUGCAUAACAUAACAGAGGAACGCCAAAGGAUAGAAAACAUAAAAAUGGACUCCGCAUUGAUAGCGAAAGGUUCGGACUACAAUACCGUGAAUCGCUUACAAGUUUCCCCGAACAAACGGGAGGCUUGGAACGCACCAAUCAACCCGAAGUCUAGACCGCCCACAGCAUGCUGGAAAUGUGGCAACUGGAAUUUUGUGAAAUACUCGCCCUAUGCCGACCGAAUCUGUCAUGUGUGUGGUAAAAAGGACACAAAAACAUAA